CAGAUUAGCGGUUUAGGGAAUUUGAAUGGUGCUAGAAUAAAUACAAGAAAGUUACCAAUUCUUUUGUUUUACAUCAAGAUGGCAGAAGUAGAUCCAGACACUCUAUUAGAAUGGCUGAGUAUGGGCCAAGGAGACGAAAGAGACAUGCAGUUAAUAGCAUUGGAACAGUUGUGCAUGUUGCUACUUAUGUCCGAUAAUGUUGAUCGCUGUUUCGAAUGCUGUCCACCACGCACGUUCCUACCUGCUCUCUGUCGUAUCUUCUUGGAUGAGCUUGCACCUGAUAGUGUCUUAGAAGUGACAGCCAGAGCAAUAACAUAUUACUUAGAUGUAUCAGCAGAAUGCACAAGACGGGUUGUGGCCAUGGAAGGUGCUGUUAAAGCCAUUUGUGGUCGACUGUCAGGCGCAGGUUUAGGGUCUAGAGCUAGCAGAGAUUUAGCAGAACAAUGUAUCAAGGUACUUGAGCUUGUUUGCGCAAGAGAAGCAGGUGCUGUAUUUGAAGCAGGUGGCCUCCCAUGUGCUUUGUGUUUUAUUCGGGAACAUGGAGCCCGUGUACAUCGUGAUACUCUACAUUCGGCCAUGGCUGUGGUUUCGCGAUUAUGUGGCAAAGUCGAACCUCAGGAUAAAGCAUUACCAGAUUGCGUUGAAGCCUUGUCAACUUUACUCAGACACGAAGAUGCUCAUGUAGCGGAUGGUGCUCUUCGAUGCUUUGCUUCUUUAGCUGACAGAUUCUCCAGGAGGGGAAUAGAUCCAGCUCCGCUGGCCUCUAAUGGACUUGUCUCUGAACUCCUAUACAGGUUGUCAAAUGCCGCAGGACCUGGUAACUCUGUAGCAGCCAGUUCUGGAAACCCUAAAACUCCUCCGCCGUCGAGUGCUUCGACGACACCGGCACCCGAGCCAAAGUCUUGCGCCUCUGUAUCAACCAUCAUAAGCCUUCUCUCAACAUUAUGUCGAGGCUCUCCAUCCAUAACACAUGACCUUCUACGUUCAGAAUUGCCAGACGCGAUCGAGAAGGCUCUCAAGGGCGAUGAGAGGUGCUGCUUGGACUCGAUGAGGCUGGUGGAUUUACUUUUGGUUUUACUAUUCGAAGGAAGAUCUGCUCUUGGUCGUAGCGUUGCAGGAGGUCCGUCCGGUGGUCCUCUGUUACCAAGACUCAGACGGUUAGACAGCGCUGGCGAGAAGUCCCAUAGACAACUUAUUGAUUGUAUCCGCUCAAAAGAUACCGAUGCGCUGAUCGAAGCUAUUGAUUCUGGUGGGAUCGAAGUCAAUUUUAUGGACGACGUUGGUCAGACACUGCUUAACUGGGCCUCCGCUUUUGGCACCCAGGAGAUGGUCGAGUUUUUAUGUGAUCGAGGGGCUGACGUCAACAAAGGUCAACGAUCAUCGAGUCUUCAUUAUGCCGCGUGUUUCGGUAGACCAGCUAUUGCCAAAGUAUUAUUAAGACAUGGAGCCAAUCCUGACCUGAGAGACGAGGACGGAAAGACUCCUCUGGAUAAAGCUAGGGAACGCGUUGAUGAGGGUCAUAGAGAAGUAGCAGCUAUCCUUCAAUCUCCCGGAGAAUGGAUGUUACCAUCUAAUCAAGAACACAGGAAACCAGAAACCGAAGUGGAAGAAUUCACCGAACCGAAGGGUGAUCCUGAAAUGGCUCCUGUUUAUCUCAAAAGACUACUACCCGUUUUCUGUGCUACAUUUCAAUCCACCAUGCUACCGAGUGUAAGAAAAGCCAGUUUAAGUUUGAUCAGGAAGAUGGUCCAUUACAUUCAGCCAGAACUACUCGUCGAAGCUUGUAGUGCAGACGGAACCGCUGGCUGUGGAGCAACCCUCGUGGAAGUCAUCGCUAAUGUAUUAGACAAUGAGGACGUUGACAGAGAGGCACCACCACCACCUCCGCCUCUCAAGUCGAUCGUUGGCCCCAAAUUGCCCCGUCUUUCGUCGCGCAAGCCUUCCGGUUCCCAGAACUACAUUCUCAAUAAGUCGGAGGACGAGGACGGCCACUUGGUAGUACUACAAAUGAUUCAGGAUCUUAUGGUGAAAGGGAAGGAAGAGUUUCUGGAGCACUUUGCUCGUCUUGGUGUCUUCUCUAAGGUGGCUGCAUUAGCAGGACCUCAAGAGGCAGCUCCGGAACCAGAGUCCGAACCAAAUCAAUCUGGCGAAGAACAGAGACUGGAGGACGCCCGUGAAUUACUUGUGGGCCGUGCCUAUCACUGGCGUGAUUGGUGCAUCUGUCGAGGACGCGACUGUUUGUACGUUUGGUCUGACGCCGCUGCUUUAGAAUUGUCAAAUGGAAGUAAUGGCUGGUUUAGGUUUAUCCUUGAUGGCAAACUGGCAACAAUGUAUUCCAGUGGAAGUCCUGAGGGUGGAACCGACACGAGUGGAAAGGGGAGGAACACAGAGUCGCUCACUACGGAAGAAAAUCGUGGUGAAUUUUUGGAAAAAUUACAAAGAGCUCGGGGCCAGGUGAAACCGAAUUCUGUGAGCCAACCAAUAUUAUCAAGACCAGGAACCACGCGGCUCGUUGUCGGUAAUUGGGCACUUUCCAGUCGCAAAGAAGGCGAACUUUCUAUUCAUAACAGUGAUGGUCAACAACAGGCCACCAUCCUAAGGGAAGACUUGCCAGGAUUUAUUUUUGAAUCUAAUCGGGGUACCAAACACUCCUUUACUGCAGAAACGAGUCUAGGUCCGGAAUUCGCUGCCGGUUGGGCAGGUAAACGCGGCAAGAGACUGCGAUCGAAAAUGGAAGCUAUUAAGCAGAAAGUUAAGACUCAGGCGCAGGAAAUCUACGAGAGAUACUUCAAGGCCGCCCAAGCGCAACCUCGCGGUGUUGUUGCCAAACUGGGGGCCAUCGUCAGCCAGAUAGAAAAGGCAUGUCAAAAGCAACAGUCCGGUAACCGGGAAUGGCGAAAUGUUCUGCAAAAUGCACUGGAAGAGCUUAAGAUCUUAUUGAACGAGGAAGGAAGAGUCUCAGCCUAUGAAUUGCAUUCAAGCGGUCUUGUCCAGGCGUUAUUGGCAUUACUCGCUGCACCUCCUGGACCUCAGCCGCCAUCCUUGAGAGCGACAAAACUUCGUUUGCAACGGAUUGCCCUCUUUAAAAAUUCCUUUCAAAUGAAUGAUACCAAGGAACAAAAUUCAGCCAAGAUAUUGGUCAAUAAGUUGGUCUCUGUACUAGAAUCUAUAGAGAAACUACCAGUUUAUUUGUACGACACACCUGGAUCCGGUUAUGGCUUACAAAUCCUAACCAGAAGACUAAGGUUUCGUUUGGAAAAGGCAGCCGGUGAGAGUGCUCUAAUCGAUAGAUCCGGUCGGAGCCUCAAAAUGGAGCCUCUCAGUACAAUACAACAGCUGGAAAAUCAUUUAUUAAAGAUGGUAGCAAAACAAUGGCACGAUCACGAUAGAUCCACAUUUACUUUUGCUAAGAAAUUGAAGGAAGGCAACAAAUUAACAUUUAAAUAUCAGCAUGAUUUUGAUGAGAACGGAAUAAUCUAUUGGAUUGGUACAAAUGCGAAAACGAGCACUGAGUGGGUUAAUCCUGGACAAUAUGGUUUGGUUGUCGUUACAUCGAGCGAGGGAAGGAAUUUACCAUACGGUCAUUUAGAAGAUAUUCUUAGUCGAGAUCCGUCAGCCCUCAAUUGCCAUACUAACGAUGACAAAAGAGCAUGGUUCUCUAUAGAUUUAGGAGUUUGGCUGAUUCCAAGUGCAUACACACUGCGACAUGCUAGAGGAUACGGAAGAAGUGCCCUCAGAAAUUGGAUGUUUCAGGCCUCGAAGGAUGGUGUCAAUUGGACGACCUUGUAUGCACACGUAGACGACGGUUCAUUAAAUGAGCCAGGUAGCACGGCGACGUGGACCCUGGAGCCUCCCAGCGAUGAAGUUCAAGGCUGGCGUCACUUGCGUCUUCAGCAAACUGGAAAAAAUGCCUCCGGGCAAACUCACUAUCUCUCAGUUUCUGGUUUUGAAGUGUACGGUGAAGUGACAGGAGUGUGCGAAGAUCUGGGACGUGCUGCCAGGGAAGCUGAAGCUGGAGUAAGAAGACAGAGAAGACUGAUUAGGACUCAAGUGCUUCGACACUUAGUCGCGGGUGCAAGAGUUGCCAGAGGACUUGACUGGAAGUGGAGAGAUCAGGAUGGUGUUCCUCCUGGCGAAGGCACUGUUACCGGGGAGUUACACAAUGGUUGGAUAGAUGUGACCUGGGAUCAUGGUGGAUCGAAUUCGUAUAGAAUGGGCGCCGAAGGCAAAUACGACUUGAGGCUAAUCGGCACGACAGGAACUCUUGAGAAUGAAAGUGCAUCCAAGAACAAGAAUAGCACGGGUGUUCUUACGGGUAGGAAGUCAAGUAGUACUCCAAGCUUACCAGACUGCACGGAUACGGGUAUGCGAACUUCAGUAGCUUCUACUGAUCAGGCAGCAAGUGCGGACAACCUAGCAGCCAAGCAAGCUGCGGAAUCGAUAGCGGAGAGUGUUCUUUCGGUGGCACGUGCUGAAGCAGUAGUCGCAGUAACUGGGGAGGGUGCAGCCAGCGCUGCCGGAGAGCUUUCAGUCGUUUUACAUCCACGACCUGAUACCGCCGUGACUAGUGAUUUAGCGACCAUCGUUGAGAGCCUUGCUCUGAAUACAGAUUGUCCUGCCAAUAGCAAUAGCAACCGCGCAUCAAGCAGCUCGAAACAACUUUUUGCUACCGUUCGCGGAAACAAGCCUGCAGGUGGUCUUUUGAGUUUGGAGGCUGCAGAAGUUUUGGACCGUGUGCGAGAGGGUGCCGACAGAUUGCGUAAUAACACUAACAGUUUCUUGAGCGGGGAAUUAGUGGGUUUGGUUCCUGUUAGGAUCAGCGUUUCCGGUGAAACCGACGAAAGUUCCCUCAGGAUCAGGCCAGUACCGAGACACACUGGAAUCGCAGAUGGCACGAAAGAGUGUAGUCGGGACAAAGAAGCUAGCUCAUCCUCGCAGAGCGCUACAGGAGGCUGUCCCGUUGUGGUUACCAAUCCUAUGUCCGUGUCUGUGCCCAAUCUCGCUUGUACCGAUGCUAACAAUACCCUGGAACCGGCAGCCGCUACUGGCUUACUGGAAACUUUUGCUGCGAUGGCUAGAAGACGAACGUUAGGUCCGGCCGGUGGCCAACACAUAGCACCCAAUGCCAAUUCGAGCUCGAAUCCUCGUGGACCUAACUCUGUCUCGAGUCUAGUCAGGUUGGCUCUCGGCUCUAACUUCCCUGGUGGAUUACUCAGCACUGCACAGAGUUAUCCCAGCUUAACUAGUAGCGGCCAAGUCGCCGGCAGUGGAGUCACUACGACUACUGGUCCAGGACUUGGACAAGCACUUACCAUGUCUCUUACGAGCACAAGCAGCGACAGCGAACAGUUAUGGCUGCAGGUUAGUCUCGAGGACUUCUUGGAGUCCUGUGGUGGCGUUCCUGGAUCUAGUGUCGGCGGCGGUCGAGGUACUGGCGGUCCCACUCUUCUCACUGAGCUGGAAGACGACGAAGAUAGCGUUCUAGCCGAAGAGGACGAUGACAACGAGGAGAACGACCAGGAUGAUGACGAUGAAGAGAACGAGGAAGAAGGAGAGUACGAGGAAGUGAUGGUAAGUCGCAAUUUACUGGCAGCAUUCAUGGAAGAAGAAGUACCUCCGAGCAGCAAGAGACGAGCAUGGGAUGACGAGUUUGUAUUGAAACGUCAAUUUUCGGCAUUGAUACCUGCCUUCGAUCCGCGCCCGGGAAGAACAAAUAUAAAUCAGACAACCGAUCUGGAAGUUCCACCGCCUGGUAAUGAACCGCAAUCGAGUAUUCGCGUUGGGUCUUUGCCGACACCUAGACUCUCCCUCACUUUGAAAGGUCCAGGACUUCCCGGAGUCCCGGAUGUUGAGCUACCUCUGCUGGAUCCUCAUUCCAGCAUUUUCCAAGCAGUACAGGAGUUAAUGCAAAUGACCGAAUUAGGAAACAGGCAGGAGAAACUUAGGAGGAUAUGGGAACCUACGUACACGAUAAUCUACAAGGAGGCACGAGAGGACGAAUCUUCGGGUCGAGCUACACCUAUUGUCACCCUCUACUCCCGAAACCCGAGUCAGAAUACAAAUGCAUGCACCGUGGAAGAUGUUUUACAAUUAUUGCGGCAUGUUUUCGUAUUGAGUACAACACGUGAUGAGCGAAAAGUCAACAUGUCCGAAAACGAGGCGGAAGUCGACACUUCCGGCUGGGUACACCCAGACGAUUUCACUUCAAAGAAAAUUACGAACAAGGUAGUGCAGCAAAUUCAAGAUCCAUUGGCGUUAGCUGCAGGAGCACUGCCUAGCUGGUGCGAGGAGCUUGCCAGGAGUUGCCCGUUCUUGUUGCCCUUCGAGACUAGACGACUCUACUUCAGCUGCACAGCCUUCGGAGCAUCUCGCUCGAUUGUCUGGCUACAAACUCAAAGAGAUGCUGUUCUCGAAAGGCAGAGGGCUCCGGGUUUAAGUCCACGGCGUGAUGACAGCCACGAGUUCAGAGUAGGAAGACUGAAACACGAAAGGGUCAGCGUACCCAGGGGAGAGAAACUAUUGGACUGGGCCGAGCAAGUACUAAAGGUACAUGCCAGCCGCAAGAGCAUACUUGAAGUAGAAUUCGUCGGCGAGGAAGGAACCGGCCUAGGGCCUACUCUCGAGUUCUUCGCUCUAGUCGCCGCCGAGUUGCAGCGCAAGGACCUAGGUCUUUGGUUGUGCGACGAUGACGAUGAUGAAUCUUGCGACGAGGAACAGAUGUUUCAGCAUCAUCAGCAGGGCACUUCUCCGUCCGAGGAACAAGUUCGCCCAGCAGGCUACUACGUUACUCGGCCGAGUGGAUUGUUCCCUGCACCUCUGCCGCAGGACUCUUCGGCAUGUGCUCGCUCCGCCAGAUACUUCUGGUUCCUGGGCGUUUUCUUGGCGAAGGUUCUCCAGGACAAUAGACUCGUCGAUUUACCGCUAUCACGACCGUUCCUCAAACUCAUGUGUCGCGGCGACAUUACAAAUAACGUUAACGAGAGAAUUGGAUUAACCGGAGUCACGCAGGACAGCAUGUCCUCGAGUAUGGCCAGCAGUUUCAUAUCCGAGGAAGGAGAACCCGAAGCUCCCUAUGCCUCUCUUGAACCUAUUCCUUGGUACAACGGUAUCCUCGAUAUCGAUGAUCUCGCGCUGGUCGAUCCCGUCAGGGGUGAGUUCCUUAAGGAGAUGCAAAAUAUAUCAUCUAAGCGCGACAGGACCCUCUCCGAUGGGAUUUCCUCGGCUGAUGAAAUGCAGGAUACACUUCGUAUAACCCAUCCGUCCGGCACUUCGGUUGCCAUCGAAGACUUGGCUCUGACGAUGACGUACUCGCCCAGCUCGAAAGUUUUCGAACACGAUCAUGCAGAGUUGCGGGACGGUGGUGCCGAAAUUCCCGUCACCCUAGAAAACGCCAGGGAGUACGCUGAAUCGACGAUAAACUAUUGUCUCGAUCGUGGGAUCGGCAGGCAGCUCGAGGCCUUCAAAGCGGGCUUCUCCAAAGUUUUCCCUAUGGAGAAGCUGCAUGCGUUCAGCCCCGAAGAAGUCAGGGCAAUGCUUUGCGGUGAACAAAACCCCCAAUGGACCAGAGAGGACUUGCUCAAUUACACAGAACCGAAACUCGGCUACACGAAGGAAAGCCCCGGAUUCCAGAGGUUCGUCAAUGUACUAUUAUCACUGACGGGUCCAGAAAGGAAGGCCUUCCUCCAAUUCGCAACCGGAUGUUCCGCUCUUCCUCCGGGUGGCCUCUGUAAUCUUCACCCCAGGCUCACCGUAGUGCGGAAGGUCGACGCCGGCUCGGGUGGCUACCCUUCCGUAAAUACGUGCGUGCACUACUUGAAAUUGCCGGAAUAUCCUACCGAAGAGAUUCUCAAAGAGAGGCUUCUUGCCGCCACCCGAGAGAGGGGUUUCCAUUUGAAUUAGACGCGUUUAACCUAGAAGCAUAUGGACAUAUUUGAAUUAACGAUAAUCAAUGAAAAUUGGCUCGUCCAGAACGUUUACUCGAACCAUGCUUUGCGGAUCGAAUCACGCGAUAAAACGGUAGAGCUCGAUACGUGACCUUCGUUCUUGCUAUUUUUAAAAGAGUUCACGCGGAGGAAUAAUUUGUCAAAGGAAUGCGACGCGCUUACGGCGUCCCAAAAACCUGGCACGGAAGUUCUCGUCCUGUCUUUUAUUGUUUCAUCUCAUUUGAUCUCAUUCAGUUUAAUUCAAUCCUGAUGUCUAUCUUGCAAUCAUAUCCGUAAUAUCGUCUCAUCUCAUCUAUGUCACUUUCCAUCGUGUUUACGUUCCCGUUAGCACUGUCGCUCGGUCAAAGUCAAAUCUGCUACUGCUAUUACAUAUUACCAAUAUAUUACUACUGUUACUGCUAUUGUUCCUGUUGAUGCUGCUGCUUCGUGAGGAUAUCGUCUAGGGAGGGUACCCGGUUAUUAGUGGUCAAAGCAAAAGCUGAAGAAGGAGGAAGAUGAGCUAACGUGACUAAGACUCUUUGAGUUUCAAAGUGAAGUGAGAAAAUUCCGUUCCAGGUUCACAAGAAUAAUACAAUAUGAGAUAAAAUUGUCUAUACAGUAUCGCGCAAAAUUCUUCCUCAGAAGCUGCAAAUUUCGCGAGUAGAUUUCCUAUUGUUACGAAGUCGAAGCUCUCGAAACUCCUCGUCCAAUUAUGUGACACUAUUGUAUUUGUGAAAUAUCGUGUAGAAGAUAGUCUAUGGUAAAAGAAUAGCCGCACUCGGUGAAUAAUUAUAUUUUCAAUACAUGGGUACCUCCAUCCUGAACAGCUCUUAAGUCGCUACUUGUUUCGGAUGAAAGAUGAAGAAUGACGCGAAUAAAAAAUUGUUCGUCGAAUGUACACACGUCAAGUUUUUAUUGACCAAAAUGAUUAUGAAAAUUCACAAUACUUAGCAGUAGCGCGAUCAGAUCGUCCUAACGUCUUGACUGUCGUCUGCCUACUAACUGAUGUGCUUUGGAAGUGAUCGCGUUUCUAGACUUACCCUCUACCGAAUCUCCCCUAAAACUUACAACCUCAACAGCGACUUCGUUGUCCAAUCGAACCCCGAGGACACGACCUUGACUUGCCUCGAAGAAUACGUAAUCUCAGUUCGAUCAAACGAUGUUCCCCUUCACUCCCUAUCCCCCACAGUCCUCUAAUAGACUAGAUGAAUUCGUAUAAAGUUAACGUAAGUGUGAGAGAAGACUAACAAUAUCAAGAUGAAGAAUAGUUACUAUUACUGUAUUAUAUAAAUUAUUAUUGAUUCUUGGGAAGAAUGAUAAUAAAAAAAAAACGAAGAAACGAA